AUGCAGCUGCGUUGGAGCGGCCAUCUGGUGCGCAUGGACGACGAGCGACUACCCAAACGACUCGUCUACGUAGACGUCGCGACGGGUUCUCGUCGUCAAGGAGGCCAAAUUCUCCGUUACAAGGACACCCUGAAGUCCUCCCUGAAGAGCCUGCAAAUCAACCCGACCAACUGGGAAGAGCUCGCCCGCGAUCGUCCGACAUGGAGGAGGACAGUGAUGACGGGCGCUACUAUCGACGAAGCCAACCGCAUCGCCGCUACAAAAGUAAAACGCGAAGCCCGCAAGUCCCAACUGCGCCCAGUACGCAACGCCGACGCACAACCCCUACCAACGUGUCCUCCAUGUCAACGGACAUUCCGGGCUCGAAUCGGACUAACUGAGCAUCUCUAACUGCACCAUCCAUCGUCCCCCCGUCCGCCUCUUCCUCGUCCUCUCUGCCGCCAACUACCUCUGGCAAUUCUUCUGAACCAGCACUUCCAUCUUCCUCCUCCUCCUCCUCCUCCUCCUCCUCCUACACCACCACCACUGCCCCAGCGACGGCCGCCCAGGCGACCAUCUCGCACACCACCAACCCUGACACAACAUCCGACAUCACCCCCACUUCUCCCGACUCCAGCGAUGAGGACCGGGACUACAUCUGCCGUCACUGCGACCGCAACUUCACCUCACGCAUUGGCCUAGUCGGCCACUUGCGAAUACAUCGCACAGAGACUGGCGGACCAGUGCCUGGAGCACCAACCUACACCCACCGCACUCGCCUUCAAUACCCUCACUGCCCUCGCAUCAUCACGCAUUGCAUGGGUCUAUUCGGCCACAUGCGCAUCCACGAGAGCGGAAUUGGCCACAAUUCCGACACACCCACCACAUCCAACACAUCCACCAUGCCCAGCCUCACCGUCGUUCCAUCGCCCGCGCCCAUCACCACCGCCACCACCACCGCCUCUGUAGCUGACACCGACACCGCCGGCUUCUCAUGCCCGCACUGUCCACGCACAUUUACCUCACUCAUCGGCCUGGUCGGUCACUUGCGAAUCCAUCGCACAGAGACUGGAGACCAAGUGCCUGGAGCACCGACCUAUACCCACCACGCUCGACUCAACUGCCUACACUGCCUUCGCACUUUCAGGCAUCGCAUGGGCCUAUUCGGCCACAUGCGCAUCCACGACGACCUGCAGUAG